AUGGACACCCUCCGCUCCGUCGUCCAGCCCAUAACGCACAACCUGCCCCCCCCGAUCCGCGCCCUGGGCGAGUCCCUGAUCACCCCGACCUGCUACCGGACCCUCCUCCUCGACGUCUCCCUCGAGGACGAGGCCUGCCUCCGGCUGGCCGUCUCCAAGGGGCUGGGCGUCGGCAUCGUCGGCGCCUCGUCCGUCGUCAAGGUGCCCCAGAUCCUCAAGCUGGCCGGCUCCCGCUCCGCCGACGGCGUGUCCUUCCUGUCCUACCUCCUCGAGACGACCGCCUACCUCAUCACCCUGGCCUACAACGUCCGCAACGCCUUCCCCUUCAGCACCUACGGCGAGACCGCCCUCAUCAUGGGCCAGAACGUCGUCAUCUGCGUCCUCGUCCUCAACUUCACCGGCCGCACCGCCCUGGCCGCCGUCCUGGUCGCCGGCCUCGCAGCCGCCGCCGCCGUCCUCGUCCGCCCCGACGUCGUCGACGCCAACGCCCUCGGAUACCUCCAGGCCGGCGCUGGCCUGCUCGGCGUCGCCAGCAAGCUGCCCCAGAUCGUCGCCAUCUACCAGCAGGGUGGCACCGGACAGCUGAGUGCUUUUGCCAUCUUCAACUACCUCGCCGGAUCCCUCACCCGCAUCUUCACCACCCUCCAGGAGGUAGACGACAAGCUCAUCCUCUACGGCUUCAUCUCCGGCUUUGCCCUCAACCUCGUCCUCGCCCUCCAGAUGGUCUGGUACUGGAAUGCCCCGUCCGAGAAGGCCAAGGGCAAGCAAAGGGCUGUUGCUGCCCCUUCUUCCGCCGCCACCGCCGCCAAGUCUACCGGCGCUUCCACGCCCAAGAAGGCCCCUACCACUCGUCGACGGGGCUAG